AUGAGCACCAACGGCGGCGUUGAAUGUUCGAAUGCCUACAUUACAGAGGGCGUUAAGCUAUCCCCAAUUUCGUCGGAGAAAGCUGAGAACACUCAAAACAACGACGGUGUGACACUUCUGCAACCGUCGUGGUUCCCGAGAGAGGAGCUGAAGGAAGCAGUGAAUGGAAGCACACAAGCCAAUCCUUUGAAAGGACCUUCGCCGACCGACCAGCCGCCACCCCCGCAAGUUCUAAGUCCGGCGCAACCACAGUCGAGAAAUGCACCAGCGUCCCUGUCUGAGUCUGUCAGGAGGUUACAUGAACGCUUUCGCAAUACUUCAUGGCUUGAAAUGAUAUGCAUCUUCGUUAUUAUUACUGUUGUUAUAGUCGGGCACUUCAUUGAAAUUAUUAGCAUCAAAUACUGGCAUUCGAAAUUUCCAAAUGGUAAAACGCCGGGAACACUAGCAACGUUGGUACUUCCAUCGAUACUAUUGGCUGCGUUCAUGGUGACUGUAAUGUUGCUCUUUAUCUUUUUCACAACUCCGUCGCUUCGAUUUGCGUUUUGCUGCCAGUCCCUCGUCAUGCUCUUCCGCAUUGGAUGCAUAGAUGCGAUACAGAGCGGAGUCGGUGUAUACUCCGUUAUUAAGACACCGAAUGCGCUCGCCGCGCUGGUAAAACCCGCAGCCCCGUUAUUCGCAACCCUCUUUACGAAGAUGUUCCUUAAAGACAAAAGGUCAUACGGUAGCCCAUGGCUUCUCAUUUCACUUGCGUUCGUUAUCGCUGGAAUCCUUGUGGCCUCAAUUUUUGACCUGAAGCAUGGAUUCAACAAGAUUGGAAAGAACUCUUGGUGGGCAAGCAUCUACUUGGUUGCAGUAGCGUUGAGUUCGUUGGUGAACGCGAUGCAGGCGGUUUAUAUGUUAAAAUUUACAUACGACCCAAAAUUCGACGAAUUGUACAAGAUUCGCGCUCGAGGGGGAACUGCGGUACCUUCAAUGGGCUCCCAAUCUACCUUGUUGAGUGCCCAAAACGUGUUGGCCCUCGGGGUUGGUAACGGAAACCACCAACUUGCCGUCGAGAUGGGCAAUAUUCCGGCGGCACAGGAACCUGAGGACGUCGCGCGUACUGCGCUUAAGCGUUUACGACAGGGAAGGGGAACAAGCGUGAAAAUUGUCAUGCUAACCAUAAUGUUAUUGUUCCGCUUUGCUGGAACUUUAGCAUUUCUUCCACUCGAUGGGGUAAAACCGUGGGGCGAGAGCAACAGCAUUGGCGAUGCUUGGAACAACCUCAUUGCUGGUGGGAGGUGCGUCGCUACGUGUGAUAACAAUUUACCCCCAUUUGUCAUGUACACUUCAGGUGUUCUCCUCAGUUACGUUGGAUCAGCAUACCUCAAUCAGUAUAGUGUGACUAUGUGUUCUAUCAUAAAGCAAAUUGCAUGGCCGUUAGCCGCCCUGAUACUUGUUUUUGUCCCCAGGUGGAGUAUCGAUCCCGUGGUGACGCCUUGGUAUUUCAGCCUCGUGUCUAUUUUCAUCCUUUUGUUGGCUGUCCUCUUGUAUAUGUUUUGGGAAUGCAGCACUGGUGAUGAGAAAGAUAAGAAUGAACGCCAGUUGAAGGAACGAAUGAUGUAUCACUUAGCGAAGUGA